CCGUCAGUCGGGCUCGAAGAACGAGAGUAGUCGUGGUCGUGGUCUAACCGUGUCAGCGAUUCAGCGAUUCAGCGAUUCAGCGAUUCAGCGAUUCAGCGAAUUGAAACGACAACUACGCGCCACGUGAUAUAUCAUACAGAAUUACGGAUAUUUUUGUCCAGACCGAAAUAUGGGAACUUUCCUACGUUUACUCGGCAUCUCGAGCGACGAUAAUAGAAUCGAUCAGGCCACCGGGCUGACGGAGAAACAGAAAAAAUUAGUGCAGAACACGUGGUCCGUGAUAAGAAAGGAUGAAGUACGCUCUGGAGUUCUUGUGAUGACCACAUUCUUUAAAAAAUAUCCAGCGUAUCAGCAACAUUUUGCCGCUUUCAAGGACAUUCCAUUAGACGCCUUGCCGGAUAAUAAGAGGUUUCAGGCUCAUUGUGCCAGCAUAAUUGCGGCCUUAAAUAAUGUUAUCGAUUCGUUGCACGACCCAGGAUUAAUGGAGGCAAGCCUAACCAGCCUGGCCGAGAGGCAUAAAAAACGUGGCCAAACAAAAGAAGAAUUUGAGAAUUUGAAAGGGGUGGUGUUGCAAGUUCUCGGCCAAGCGUUGGGAAGACAAUUCACACCGGAAGUAUCCGAAGCGUGGAGCAAAACGUUGGACGUAGCGUUCGGGAAAAUAUACCAAGUGUUCGCGUCAUGAAAAAUCAAUUUUCACGAAUUCGAAAGGGCAACUCUAUGACGAUUACGAAAGAAUCAAGUAUUGUAUAUAUAUAUUAUAAAGUGCACCAUUAAGAUGAUUGAAAAAAGAAGAAUCUCAAAGGCUA